AUGAAAAGUAGGGUUGUUGAAGGCACGAUCCUCGGGCAAAGGUGCGCCGCUAAGGCCCCGACUUUGGUGGUGGUCUCCGGCGUGCCGGCGGAGUGCUCCGUGCUGGACCUUAAAUCUAGGUUCGAGAUGUACGGGCCCAUAUCUCGGACCCGAAUUGAGCCUAAUGGAGUCGCUUACGUCAAAUUCAGAACCAGCGAUGCGGCCCGAUCCGCCGUCGACGCGGCCCGGGAUUCCAGUUUUCCGGUUACCAUACACUCCGUUCCAGUACAAGUAGCAUGGGCAAGUGACCCGGUUAUACAAUGGAAGGGAGGAAUUAGCACGAAGGAGGGUUUAUCAUCGAGGCUCGUACGGGCGCAAGUGCCUCUGAGGAGGCUCGGGAGAGGUAAUCGGCUGGGGUCAGCUAUUGUCAACCCUCAAGAUGAGAAUAUUGAUAAUGAACAUGUUGAAGGCAAUGAGAAUAAAAUUGGCGAUGCAGACAAUGAUGUUAUUAAGCUUAGUGGUCCGGCUUUGGAGGGGCCUUUCGAGGGAAGGGAAAUUGUGGCGUAUGAUGAUAUUUUGUAA